AGGGCGCGCCGAAGGUGGCUCGAACGAGGAGCUAAGCGCAGUCGUUGGGUGCACGAUGGCGCGGUCGGUCGGUCUUAGUUCUUCGUAUUGUUCUUGUCGCCGUCGUUUCUGAGCGGUGAGUCGCGGCCCAAAGCGUUGGACCGUCUCCCAUUGGUAAACGCGCGACGUUUUCACGGCCCUAACACCUCGCUCCCACCCUCCAUCUUUAUUACUUCCUCUCGGAGAAAGGCUGAAAAACCGGCGUGUUAUUUGACAGACCGAUUAGAAAAAGUCGUGUUUGUUCGCGACUCGACGAUCGACCUCAUUAACAUCGUCAUCGAGAGCAGCUCGUCGUCAUCAAGGAGAACGAGAAUAAGAGGAAUAUCUGCGUUAGCAUCGAGGAGAAACGAGUUUUCGCCAUUGCUCUCUCUCUCUCUCUCCCUCCCUCCCUCCCUCCCUCUGUAGUGUUUCUCUUUUACCGAUCGAUCCACCACCAGCAGCACACCACCAACUAAACCAGGCGGUUUCAUAUAUCCGCCAACGUCUUUUGGGAGGAAAUUAUAAAAAUCCGAGGGCAGUCCGCAUUCUCCGUUCAGGAACGUACGGCGACGAAACGAAAACAACAUUCGAAGGCUUUACCUUCGAGAGAGCGACCGACCUAGGACGAGAUAAUUUAGUAAGUAACUCGUUCCUCUCAACGAAGAUCUCACUCCGUCCAAGGACCCAACACGCAAGGAGGCACCGUAACGACGACCGCGUGGGUCCUUCCUCGAUAUACCUAUACAUGCAUAUGUGUAUUCCUACCUUCUUUUACACACACACACACACACAGACAGACAGACAGACAGACAGACAGACACAUUAUAUGUAUAUAAAAGUGGACGCGUGAAUACGUAAAUCGCAUACGUACACAAAUGUAUAAAUGUACAUACAUUAUCUACGCGACGUACCUCGAAGAAACUAGAGCUUAACGGUAUUAACAUUAGUUGUCGUUUAACAAACGCGUACGUUCGAUAAAGACCUAUUCUAUAUACCGUAUAACAAUAACGGUCACGCACCGUGCCAAUUCGGAAAAGUUACCUCUUCCGCGUUCGGUGUUCGACGAGUUAAAAGUGUGUUCAAAAGGAUAAAUAUUAUAAACGAAACGUUUAUUUCUUCAUCUUCGACGACAAUAUCUCGAAGCACGAAGAAGAAAAUCCGCGGAUCUCUUACCGAGCGAGUGAAAAAAGAAGAAAGGAGAGGGAAAGGAGGAAGAAACAUUGGGGAGGGUGUGUGUGCGCGCGCGCGCGCUACGGGACAGUGGAAAGAUAUCGCUAAAUACGGGAUAGCCAACAAUAUGAGAGUGGCGGCCACGAGGCAGCAUCCUCUACAAACGACGACACGUAUUUCCAACAAUGGAAAGUUCCUGGUCAAUACGAAUAAUCAGGAGGUGCAACCUCAACAGCAUCAGCAGCACCAGCAACAGCAGCAGCCGCCGCUGCUACAGCAACAAUCGCAAAUAUCCCAACACCAUCAUCAUCAUCAUCACCAUCAUCAUCAUCAUCAUCGUUAUAGGCAGCAUCCGUAUCAGCAACAUUAUCAACGACAACAAGCGACGGUGGUGCCGGCGGCGACGGUGGCGGCGACGAACAGUGACGAAAAUACAACCGCGGUCGUUCCGCUCGUCGGAUUCUCGAGCUGCGAGCCAACGGCACGGAACGUCGAGCAUCACGGACCAACCAUUCUUGGGGAUAGAUUCGUUCUUCUUGGUCCGGCGGAAGGCAGUGCCCUUUACAGAUGCGUCGACGUACAAACCGGUCAACAGCUUGUCGCCAAGGCACUGAGUCAAGGUGAUAAAGGAUGCGAAGCCUUGUUGCAAGCACAUCUUCGAUUGGAAGGAACGGACGCUGCUAGUGGACUCGCUGGAAUCGUCGAAGGUAGCGGUGGUCGUCGUUAUCUCCUUUUGGAGGGCCAUCACGGAGAUUUGCACGCUUACGUUAGAGCACGUAGGAGAUUGCGCGAGCCCGAAGCGAGACGACUCUUCCGGCAGGCAGCCAAGGCCGUUGCCACGUGUCACGAGUACGGCGUCGUCCUCAGGGACCUCAAACUUCGGAAGUUUGUCUUUGCCGACGAAGCCAAAACGCAACUACGAUUGGAGAGCCUGGAAGAUGCGGUGAUAGUGGAUAAAGAGGACGACAAGUUGACCGAUCGUCGAGGUUGUCCAGCUUACGUUGCACCGGAAGUUCUCAGAUCGGGAAGAGCUUAUUCCGGAAAGGCAGCUGACAUUUGGUCGCUUGGCGUUCUCCUCUAUACGAUGCUGGUCGGCCGUUAUCCGUUCAACGAUGCGGAACAUGCUUCGCUCUUUGCGAAAAUUUCACGAGGGCAAUUUGCCGUACCGGAAUGUCUCAGUCCUCGCGCAAGGUGUCUCAUUCGAUCCUUAUUGAGAAAGGAACCGUCAGAGAGGCCUGAUGCCGAGGACGUACCGCUUCAUCCUUGGCUCUCGAAACCUCUCCGUCUUUCUUCGCCUUCGCCCUCGCCCUCGCCCACGCCUCCAUCUUCCUCUUCGUCCGCACCCUCGUCAUCCUUUUCAUCAUCCACGUACUCUUCCUCUACUUUCCCUUCGGGGAGAUCCGCUUCUCAGGACCAGAUCGUACCGGAGCUCGUUAACGAUCCUCGACAAGACUGACUCUUCGAAGAAGAGACGAUUAUUAUCCUUUAUUCCGCGCGUUAAUAGCGCCAGCUCUGCGUCUUAUUUUUAAAAAGAAAAAUCUUCGAAUUAAGGAAAGAAAGACAUGUGCAUAUUAUUUUGAAGAAGGGAAAAAUAAAAGUGUGUGUGCGCGCGCGCGCGCGCGCGUGUCGUAUACAUGUGUGUGUAUAUAUACAUAUACAUAUACAUAUAUACAUAUACAUAUACAUAUAUAUAUAUAUAUAUACAAACACACACACACACACACACACAAUAAGAAAAAACCGCGCGAAGAUCCCCGAGGAUCAUCGUCUCUUUACACGCAGAGGCUACCGAUCCGCUCUUUAUAUUGUAUAAUAUAUGUAUAUUUCGUGUCAUCAUCCUCGUGUACCAUCUCCUUUUGCUCGUUCAUCGUUUCUCUAGAACGAUAGAAGAAGAUUCACGUGCGAUUUGUCGAAUAUUAAGAAUGAGGAGACGCGUUUUUUUCCUACACCACGAUACGAUCAAAGUCGAAUGGACAUGUAUAUUAUAUCGAAGAAAGAUACACACGACGUGUGUAUCAUUGACGAAACGCUGAUAAAAUAUUCUCUUUUUACGAAAGGAAUAUCCAGGUCUUUCGAAUCUUUCGAUCGUAUCACGUACGGCUACUUUGCCGCUCGUAAUAAGAGAUGGAUGGGGAAACAAAAGUCGAUUAAAACACGUUAGAUAUUAGUGAUACGUUAUCGUCUUGGCGUAUCGGCUUUGCGAUCUAAAAGCGCAAUUCGUUAGUACGAAUUAUUUCGAUCAUAAUAUAUCGAUCACCAUAGUUCAGGGUAUUCGAACGGUUUUUACGGUUCGACGAAGAUACGAAAAUUGUGCAAAAGUAAGAAUAAUUUAUUAGGAGAUGAGCCCAGAGGCAUCGGGUUUUGGAAAAAAGAAAAAAGGCAAUGUUCUCGAAGGAUCUGACACUCUACGUGCCGCGAGUAAGGGCACGAUGUCCUGAGACCGAUUCGACGACGUUCGGAAAGUACCAAGUGUUCUUCUAUUUGAUAAAUCUUUAAAAAAAGAAUCAUUUUGUAUAACGUCUCUAUGAGAGAGUAAGGCUAAAAGAAGAAAAAAGAAAAAAAAAAAAAAGAAAAAAAGAAAAAGACAGGCAAACAAAGAAACAAAAAGAAAGAAGAAAGGGCAAAAAGAAACUCGCUAGAUCGAUUUCUACUUCCGAUUUUUCUCAAUGAUUUUCUCCAACGUGAUAUCUCCAACGUCGAUCCAACCACCACUCUCUUCGUCUGUGGGGGAUGAGCGUACGUGUCAACAUCGAAAAAAGCAAAAUUUCUCCUUUAUCAUUUUAGUCAGGGUACAAUAAUGAAUGCAAACCUUCAUAAACGGUCUAUAUAUGUAUAUAUAAUUUCGAUCGACGAUAAUCCUACCGAGUUAAACGAAAGGAAUAACUUUAAUUAGGAAGAAUAACGACGUUUCUGUACAUAGGCGAAAUAAAGUGAUGUUUACGACAUGA